AUGCUGUUCGCUGAGAGGCUGAGAUUGAAUCCGAAAAUUACCAAGCAUGAGAUUGCUUCUGAGAUCCAGAGAGAGUAUAGGAUGUUUGUGAGCGUGGAAGCUUGUGGGGAUGCGAAGACAAAGGUUAUGAAACAAAGAAAAGCAAGCCACGAAGAACAUUUCAACCAGAUCUGGAAUUAUCAAGCGGAGAUUUUUCGAACUAACCCUGGCACUACAAUGGAAAUUGAAACUAUCCCUGGGCCGAUAGUAGGAAUAAUAGAAGUGGAGAAUGACACGAAUUGGGACUGGUUUGUGAGACACCUCACAAAUAACUUGGGCUUAGGGGAUGACAAAGGCUAUGCUAUAUUAUCUAACAAACAAAAGUCUACACCAUUUCCAGAGGUUGAGCAUAAACAAUGUUGCAGACACAUCUUCGAUAAUUGGAAGAAAAGCAGCCAUGAGAUGACGCUACAAAGGCUCUUCUGGCGAAUAUCAAGGAGUUAUACAGCUGGAGAUUUUAAAAUGUGGAGUGAGAAGCUGAAAGAGUACAAUCCAGGUGCCUAUGCUACUCUUCAAGUCACCAAACCAGAAACUUGGUCCAUAACUUAUUUCAAAUUAGGGACGAUGUGCAACGAUAAUCUGAAUAACCUAAGCGAGUCCUUCAACAGAACCAUCCGUGAAGCAAGAAGAAAGCCAUUAUUGGAGAUGUUAGAGGACAUAAGGAGACAAUGUAUGGUUAAAAAUGCGAAAAGGACUGUAAUAGCUAAUAGAGCUAAGACAAAGUUCACAAAGACGACGCAUCUUCCGUUGGCUAAAGUGGAGUCGAAGUCUAAGGAUUGUAUGAGCUUUCCAGCAAUUGGUCCAGUCACAGAGGUUGAUUAUAAUGGCGUGGCUUAUGCUGUUGAUAUGUCUGAGCUAAGUUGUGGGUGUAUCCAAUGGAAAAUGACUGGAAUUCCAUGCAUUCAUGCCACCUAUGUGAUCCUUAAAGAAGGUAAAAGACUUUCUGACUUUGUUGCUCCUUGUUACACCAUAGCUAUGUAG